AUGUCAAAAACUGACAAUGGGAACCGCAGUAUUGCUGCCUCUUUCAUUAUUGUUGGGUUUGAAACCCUGCGAGAGGUGGAGCUGUUUCUCUUCUCCCUCUUCUCCAGCAUGUAUGUCCUCACAAUCGGAGCCCAUUUUCUGGUCGUCACACUAGUGGCAGUGGACCGCCAUCUCCACAAACCCAUGUACAUACUUCUGGCCAGCUUCUCCUUACUGGAGGUCUUGUACACUACUGUGACUGUUCCCAACAUGCUCAACGCAUUGUUGACCCGACACAAAGAGAUUUCUUCUUCAUCGUGCUUGGCGCAGUUUUAUUUCCUUUUCGGCUUUGGGGCUGCAGAAAACUGUCUUCUUGCCGUGAUGGCUUAUGACCGCUACGUGGCCAUCUGUAGACCAUUGCAUUAUCCAACUCUGAUGACUAGUAUGACUAGCUUGAAACUAGCACUUGGCGCUUGUGUAGGUGGUCUACUGGCUGCCUUUCCACCUGCCGUCUGGAUCUCUACCUUGAGGUUUUGCUUUCCCAAUUUUAUAGAUCACUUCUUUUGCGAUUAUGCCCCUCUGCUGAAGCUUUCCUGUGAGGACACUUCAGAUGGUGAGUUUGCCUUCAUGGUCAUGUCAUGGAGUGUUAUCUUGGGCUGUUUCUUUCUCAUCAUGAUAUCCUACACCUGCAUCGUUCUUGCUGUCCUAAAGAUCCCAUCGACUGAAGGGCAGAAGAAGGCUUUUAGUACAUGUGCAUCCCACCUAGCCGUGGUGUCCAUCUUCUAUGGGACUGUGAUCUUCAUGUACAUUCGACCCACUUCCCACAUCCGCUUUGAAAGGGACAAAGUCAUUUCUGUCUUCUACUGUGUAGUUACCCCUCUCAUGAACCCCAUCAUAUACUGUCUUCGGAACCAGGAGGUGAAGGUAGCUGUCAUGAAAACUUUGAAGAUGUUGGAAAAAUAUGAGAACCAGUCGAUGUUGAGGGUUCGGAUGGUAGAAUGCAUCAGCAUCAAAGACUGA